CCGACGCGGCCUGCCCGGCGUCCGUCACGUGCAUCCUUGAAGAGGGGGUGUCAGCCCGCGCGGUGUUGACGCGCUUCUGGCUGCACAAGCACCCGGAGGUGCGCGAUCUCUUUGGCUGCACAACACGCAAAAGUGAGCGGCGUGGGGACGACUCGCUGCCGGGGUGGCGUGAAGGCGGCGACAAGAGUGAGGAGAAUUUCUUUGUUGACAGCCACGGCUUUCUCGUUGUGCAGGCGUUGCUGCAGAAGUACGACGGGCACGCAAGCAGGGGCCGGGACCACGCGGUGGGGGAGUUCAUCCACCGCUGGCGCACCGCCUUCCUGCGUGGGCUGCAGCCGAGGCACCUGCCGGAGGGCUGGUGCGCCGAAGACGGCAUCCUGCUGUAG